AUCAAUUGAUAUAUAGCUGUCGUGUUAAUCAAAAAAGCAGAAAAAGCAGUGUGCGAAAUGGCGGAGGAUAGUGGUAGCAAGAAAAUCACGAUUACCGUGAAAACUCCAAAAGAUAAGAAAUCCGUUGAAAUUGGAGAAGAUGCAGAAAUUAAAGAGCUUAGAGCAAUGGUCGCGGAGAAGUUUGAAGCCGACCCUGACUUGGUAUGUUUGAUAUUUGCUGGAAAAAUAAUGAAAGAUACAGAUACCUUGAAAGGUCAUAACAUCAAAGAAGGUCUUACGGUGCAUCUAGUUAUCAAGGCGGCUCCAAGAAACGAGCCGGAAGGUCCACGUCGUCCUCCGGCGGAUGUGAAUCAAACGCCAUUUGGGUUAAAUCAAUUAGGAGGUCUCAGUACCCUUGGAGCCCUAGGAGGAAAUCAACCUAACUUUAUGGAUUUGCAGUCACGGAUGCAGCAUGAGCUGUUGGGUAAUCCGGAAUUGAUGAGAACUGUUUUGGACAACCCGUUGGUUCAACAGAUGAUGAACAAUCCUGACACAAUGCGUCAGAUUAUAACAUCCAAUCCACAAAUGCAAGAUUUGAUGCAGCGUAAUCCUGAGAUUUCACAUAUGUUGAACAAUCCGGAACUUUUACGCCAGACAAUGGAAUUGGCUCGUAAUCCUUCAAUGCUGCAAGAACUGAUGAGAUCGCACGAUCGUGCCAUGUCCAAUUUGGAGAGUGUACCCGGAGGAUACAGUGCGCUGCAACGUAUUUAUCGGGAUAUUCAGGAACCGAUGUUGAACGCGACAUCCAGAAAUCCUUAUUCUGGUACCUCGGAUGCUGGCAGUUCAGAGAAUCCACAACAAGGAACGGAGAAUCGCAACCCUUUGCCUAAUCCCUGGGGUGGCAAUCAAAGCGAAAAUAAUCGAACAACAACAGCAACUGAUAAUCCGCCAGCUAACAUCUUGAACACACCAAGUAUGCAGAGUUUGUUACAACAAAUUGGUGAUAAUCCAUCAUUGAUGUCCAAUAUGAUGAAUGCUCCAUACACCAGAAAUAUGUUGGAAGCAUUGUCUGCCGAUCCCAAUCUGGCCUCGAAUCUGAUGAGUCAAAACCCACUCUUGGCCAACAAUCCAGCGUUACAGGACCAGAUGCGCACCAUGAUGCCACAGUUUAUACAACAGCUUCAAAAUCCGGACGUCCAAAACAUGAUGUCGAAUCCACAAGCAAUAAAUGCAAUACUUCAAAUCCAGCAGGGAAUGGAACAGUUGCGUUCGGUAGCCCCUGGUUUGGUAAAUUCGAUGGGCAUUCCACCACCAGCUCCUGGAGCUUCAACAACAACAUCUGCUAGUGCAGCGAGCACCACAACUACAUCAAAUACUACGGCUCAGCAGCCGAAUCCAGCCCUGUUCUCAGAUUUCAUGUCACGCAUGAUCAAUGGAAUGGCAACGGGUGCCAAUCCGAACGUACCCCCGGAGGAACGUUAUCGGUCACAAUUGGAGCAACUCGCAUCAAUGGGUUUCGUCAACAGGGAGGCCAACCUUCAAGCUUUGAUUGCAUCUUUCGGUGAUAUCAAUGGUGCGGUGGAAAGGCUUCUGGCUCUGGGUCAACUUUCGUUGAGUUAACGUGUUUGCAGUUCAUAUGGCGAUAAAAUAAAACAUAUAUUUUUAACAUUGUUCUAUUUCUGACGGUAAAAAGCAACGUAUAGGAAUUUGAAUAUAUAACCAAUUGUAAAAACGGCAGUAGAUGCUGUCUUUGUGAAAAAAAACUGUUUAAUCCAGCGUAUGAGAAUCGCUUUCCUUAAAUUUUUGAAUUUAUCUAAUAGUGUGAACACAGGUGAUACGAAUCAACAGCAGAAGACCGUAGAAAUAAAACCAAGUAGAUGAACACGCUCGCCCGAGAAGUAGUUGCGCAUGUCGCUACAUAUUUAGUUUCCAUCGACGCGUGUUCUCAGCAACAUAGAAGGAUUUGAUGUCUGGUUUGGAUUGAUUGUGGCUCAGUUUACUAUUAACAAGCAUCUAGUUACUGAUGAUUCUUUAAAUUUAUUGAUCGGAAAUGAAUAAUCAUUUCAUCUGCUAUAUGCAAACAGACAACUGAAUAAUGGUGUACACUGAAACAAUAAAACAUAAAUCCUGGA